AUGUUGGAUCCUAGCGCGACAGGUGUGACAAAGCAAAUGAUGCUGGAUUGGCUGCGAAUAAAUCAUCCCAUGACUCCGGUUUCGUCACAUAGCCUCAAGGCCUUUGUGGCAGAGCUUGUACGAAAGAAACAACCUGAAUUUUUUGCGGAUCCAACAAGUGAUGCGCCGGCCGUGAUACCUGACGGUUCUCAAUCCGAUACGCAGAAUCCAUUCGAAACCAACAUCACUGUUUUUGCGGAUCCUGAAAGUGAUGCGCCAGCGGUGAUACCCGGCGGUUCUCAACCCGAUACGCCGAAUCCAUUCCAAACCAACCACACUGUCUUUUCGGUUCCUCCUCAAGCAGUCCUCGAGCCAGAAGUAACAGAACAACAGGCCCACCUACAUGACUCCCUCCACGAGGUCCCUAGAUCAUCGACUGUAUCAAUACGUCCAGCCAAGAGAUCUGGCUCCCCAACCUUCAGUGGAAAGCCUUCAAAACGUUCAACAUUUGGGGUCUCUCAAUUAUCAAAUGCAUCAGAACACCACGUCAAGCGUCCUGCAUCCCCAACUACACACGAACCACUUCCAAAACGUGCCAAUAUUGGUGAUCAGGGACUGUUACCAAGAAAGCCAUCAAAGAAAGGACGCAAGACAUUACGCCAAAGCUAUCCUUCUGGUGGUUCAAGCAGGUCUGCCCAUCGGGACUCAUCUAUGACGGCUUCAUUGGUGAAAGGCUCAGAUAUCAACCUUUUGGACCGAGGCAGCGAAGAAGAUCUCAACGCCUUACUAGGUUAUGAAGUCACACCUAUGGAGUCAUCAAAUCUUUUCGCUGUUGACAGGUUCAGCUCGCCAAUGAAUGAAAUGAAGAAUAUAAUCAACACACCAGAGAAUCCUGGAACGCGCGACCUCAUUGACUUCUCAAGUGUAGAUUUGCUUUUGGUUGAAAAUCUAGCAGUUAUCACGCAGGACGCUCCCUUGAGUAAAAUUCCAACCCUAGUCAAGUCAGGUGUAGAUGCGUUCCAAGAAGAGAGACGUCGAGCAGAAACAGUAGUUUCUGAGCUUGAGAAAUCGGUUUCUUGUCUAUUGAAUAGAAUGGACCUGAUGGAAGAGAAGUCAGCAGCUCACAUUGUUGAACAUGAACAACAGAGAUACGAGCAAGAUCAUGCACUCCAGCAAGCUACUUGUCGACUUGACAAACAAGCAAAAUGUAUUGACGAGCUCAGGGACACGGUUUCCAGUUUAAAACAACAGCUGGAUGUUUUACAUCGCCGAUUGAACAGAGCUGAGGAAGACAUUGGGACACAGGAACGUUGCAUUGUGCGAUUGAUGCAACAAGACGAGGGAUCAGACGGGGAGGAAGCAUACCCUGGAAUUGACAGUCAAUCUGACUAUAGCGUUUAA